CUGCGUUACAUUUUAAUUGCGGGUUUCAUGUGUGAUAUGGACUCAUCUGUUAUUGAAAAGUUCUGCAAUAUUACUGGGGUUUCUGAGACAGAAGCAGAACACUACUUGGAAGCCUUUAAUGGGGAUUGUGAUGAAGCUAUUAAAGCCUUUUUUGACUCAGAGGAUGCAACAAACUUGGACAGUCCUCCACAUGGCGAACAAACUUCACAACCAGUUGAGGAUAGCUGCGGGCACGAAAAUGUGACGUCGUUCAGCAAAUCCUCAUCGGCAAACAAACCCAAAAUCACAACCUUCAGCUCUCUCGCAAAUAAGAGUGAUGAUGAGUCAGACGAAAGGCAAGCAUUUUAUGUUGGUGGUUCAGAAACUGGGGGAGGUGGUCAACAAGUUCUUGGUCCUCCAGGACGUGAUCGUAAAAUCGUUCCUAACCCUUCACAAUCUCCUGAUGUGUUUGUUCGCAAUCUUUUCCAAGCUGCUAAAGGCAAAGGAGCAGAAGUGUUAGAUGCAACCAAAUAUGAUGAACUGAAGAGUAAAUCCAGUAAACGGUUACCUUUCAGUGGGGCUGGUUAUAAAUUAGGUGACGAUCCUAAUGCCACACCGCAGUUAGAGUCAACUGCUUCUUGUGCUCCCAGCUCAAGCAGCGUCUCUGAACAGAAUGUUGUUGUAAAAAUGUGGCGUGAUGGCUUCAGUCUAGACAGUGGACCGUUGCGUUCUUAUACUGAUCCAGAAGCUUCUGAAUUUUUCAAUGCUAUACAAAGUGGGCAGAUCCCUCAAGAACUUAUACGAUCUGCUGGUGGAGGCAUGGUUAAUGUCAUGCUUGAAGAUCAUCAUCAUGAAGAAUGGCAUGCUCCUCCUACUCCCAAGAUUAAACCUUUCUCUGGUACAGGUCAAAUGCUUGGUUUUCCACUUCCUCAAAUGGUGUCAACUGAACCAAAAGUCACUGAGAAUGCUGAAACAAAAAAAUCAUCGCCUGUUAGCGUGGACGACUCAAAGCCAGUCACACAAAUACAAAUUCGUUUGCCUGAUGGAUCAAGAAUCGUAGUUCGACUAAAUAAUACUCACACGGUUGGCGAUAUCAGACGGGCAGUUGUCAGUGAACGCUAUGUGAAUGAACUUCAACAGUUUCUGCAGCAUUGAUAUUCUUACCGGCAUCCAUCACUUUUUGCAUUUCUUGACCUGAAGGUGACAUUUGAAUCUAUCGACUGAAAGGUUCUAUGGCAAUAUAUGACAGUAAAGUGAGUGCCAGCCAAAUAUGUCACUCCAGUCAGGGCAGUUUACUCAGACUCAUGUAGUCGUGUUACAAUUUAUGUGAAAGACCAGAGUUGGCCUAUAAAACAUUCUCAUUGAUGACGUCUUAUCCAAGUCGUGAGUUAACUGAAGAUAAUCAAACACUAGAAGAUGGCAGUCUUCUCAAUUCAACGCUUUUAAUUCGAUUCAUAUAAAUGAUGGUAAUGUGUGUGUAUGUGUGUGUGUGUAGAUGGGUGAGUGUUUUAUCAUCGGCUACAUACAACCGUCACUGUACAUUAUUAUCAUAUAUAUAUAUAUAUAUAUAUAAUGUGUGAAUAGAUUUUUCUAUUGGAAAACAGAUAUGACAACAUUGAAGACAAAAUGAAAUUUUUGCAACUCACUCUUUUUUUAUCAUACUGUGCCUGUUAUCCAAUGUGUGUGUGUGUGUGUGUAAUAGUUUAUUUUGAAGAGGAAAUGAGGGGAGGGGGUUACUGCCUCAGUGUAAUAUAAUUUGAUGAUAUUGUUACAUGGUAGUUUGGUUCUUUUGAACAAAAAGACGACAUUUCAUCCUAAAGAGAUUUAAAAUGUUAUUAAAGUAUGUUUUAGUUUCCUCUUUACCUUUUGUUUACUUACUCCUCCGUUUUAUGUGUGUAUGUGUGCGUGUGUGUUUUACAUUAAAGUGCAUACAUCAGUUUUCCAAAGAAAUAUAUAAAGACUGCAUUCAAGCGUAGUUAGAUGAAUUGGAGUUGAAUAUUUCAAUUUCGUUCUUUCUUGUCUCUUUUCGGUGUGUUAUAAUAGAUGGGAGUUUUAUUUGUUCGCGUUAUCGAUGAAGUGAUUCCUCUUCCCUGAUACAUACAUUUAAAUGUAUAUACCAGCAAGAGUAUAAAGUGAAUUUUGGAAGCCCUUAUGGAGAUAUGUGUACUAAGAAGAAGUGUUUAUGAUAUUAACCUGGUUUUCAACAUCUCGGUUAGCGAAGCGAAUUUGGAGGUUGUGACUUACUCACUGAAAAUCGAAUUGUGAAAGGAUUAUCUAGCCGUUGUAGUCAGAUAGGAAAGAAAACGUGUUUUGUGGUGAGUACUACUGAUAAGACUUAUUAGUAGUAUAUCAAGAGAUGUUCAUCGGCGCAAAAAACAUCAAACAGCAAGUAGACAGAUUUGAUGUCAGAGAAGGCAAGUGAUACAGCGUCGUGGAGAUAUAUGGGAUAUAUGAAAGGAAUACGAAGGCCAGGGGUAAGUAGCACAACACGAAGAUCUGUGCAAAUGGUGCGUUGAAGAUAAGGUGCACAUAAUUUGGCUACACAGAGAUACCAAUUUUCAAAUAAACGUUCACUCACAAAGUCUUUUGCCUUCUACCGUUUCAGUUUGUCAGAGAAAAAACAGUUACUCCAAAAUAUUUUUAGC